CGGCAAUGAAAGCUUUUAAAGGCUCAGUAGAAGCAGCAAAGCCAGAGAAAUUUAAAAACUUGGACCCCGAAAUAAAAAAGAUAUGGGACCGAAAAUAUUCUUUUUCGGAUGGAAACAGGUUAAGAUUUGGAGCGUGGAGAUUUGAUGAGGUUAAAAAAUUUGACAGAGAAACAAUGGAAGAAUAUGUAAAGAAAUUAGAAGAAGGCGAUGAAGAAGUGAAAAAUUGGGGAUACACAGAAAGAUUGUGA